CAGUUUUUGCUUUCCACGCCAUCCGGACGGAAGUUUUCUCGGUGUUCGUCUCGCGGUUCGCGGUUUCCUAAAUCCAAAACAAAAGUGAAGAAGCUCCUUGUGUUUCUUUCCCUCUUUUCUUUGAUUCUUGAUUCCUUGGAGUUCUUGUGAGUGACAGUGAUUGUUUCCCCAGUGAUUCCCUGUGUGUUUUCAGUGUUCACAUCCCAAGUAGACCACAAACCACAUCCAUGUGAUUUUUCAGUGAAAGAAAAUAAAAAAGAGAAAAGUUGAUUGAAGAGACUCUGUGGGAAAAUAGAAAAAAAGACUUGUGAAGAAGUGCAUUUUUGAGGAUUAAACUUUGGAGAAAUUUUCUGAUUGAAGAUUUGGUCAUGAUGAUCAUCCCAGGGCUUUGAAGCACGACUGUCGUGUCGUCGGAUUAAAGACUUUUUCCUCGACCGCAGCCCUAUUGGACACUGUGGGUGUUUCAAUUGCAUCGAUCUACGUGUCUUUGGCAGCAAAAACGAAAAGAAUAAUUUCAAAGACUAAAGAGAUUGUCAUAAAAUCUCAACAGAAGGAGAUGGUAGCCCCUUGCUAACCAUCUACAAUGGAUGUUUUUGGGUUAUAGAGAACCGAAUUGCAAAUCGGUGUCUCUCUCACCUCAAAAAUCGCACAAAAGUAUAGACUGAGAAAGAAUUUUUUUUUUAAAUUUUGUAAAAGACGUGGAGGAGAGUCAGAAGCAAUUGGAAAAGUUAUAGAUUUCCGACAAGACGAAAUUCAUAGCUCUUUGGAAAAGAAUAUUGCUCAAGGCGUCUAUGGAAUUUUUGCACAUUAUACAUUACAAUACACACAAAUUAUUCUUGAGAGAAGAGUAGCAAUCAAGAUUUAGAAAUAAUUCACAGUACCAACAAUUCAGUGUGACUACUAAUUGACACACUUUAGAAUCUUUCUGUUGAUUGUGUUUCAGAAAGGAAAGGAAGAAAGCAAUAAAAAUUGUUAGUAUCCAACUGGCAAUUAGAGUCGACGAGAUUAUAGAAACGGAAGGAAUAGGACAAGAAGUGGAAGGAAGAAGAAUCAGCGUGAAAUCAGCGAGUUUCUCAGUUGAUAUCUUUCCUCAGUGAUUCAUAAACGUUGCUAACUUGGGAGACAAUAAAAGAAUAAGGGAAGUUGUCGACAAGUUUAGCGAAGAAAUUGCAAAAAUAGCCAGUUGAGGGACGAGAUUUGCUGAAGUUGAAGAGUUGAAGAAGCCAGGGCAAAAAAAGGGAGUGCUGAGAAACGCAAGAAGAAUGCAAUGGAGAGAAGACAGAAAUAGCCAAAAUACGUGGCAUUAGGAAGGUUGGAGAGGAAUAAUAAGACGAGGAGGAGAGUGGAAGAAAGAAAUCAAAGUGAUUUCAUCCAUUUCCCUUGCAAAGCAAGAAUAGCAAGGAAGAAAAAAAAAAGAAGUGCAAAGACACCAAAGGGUCAGGGGGAGGAAUUUUCUGCAAGAAAGGCUGAAAGAUUCAACACUUUGUUAUGCCAGUCAUGAAGCCACCAUCGGUGGAAACAAGUCAAACACAACAAUCUACAUGUGCCAUAAAGCCUUCCUUGUCCAUGACGUCACUUCCGCCGCCCAAUGGGCAGCAUGAGAGUGGCGAAUUGGCGAGACUCCGGAUCGAUAGACCCUAUCACAGUCUCAAGAAAAAACGUGACUCAGAACGUGAGAUUUGGCGAAGAUCAUGGGAGAGUGGACACAGUCACAGUUCUUGCAGUUUACACAGCAAUGCCACAAAUGCUGGUUCUGGUACCGGCAAAGACGACUUCUGGGCGGCUCUGCAGACCAACUACAAUUAUAUCAUGGACACGAAUCUCAUCGACAGCUGCCGCGAGGCUCGUGGCGAGUGCGAUGGGAAUGCGACGGUGGAGGAGCAACAGGUGGCCGAGUGUUGUGAAAAGUCAAUAUUCCAGACGGCAAAGUCUCAAGGAUCCGUUGUGGAUCCACGAAGACUCCGCCGAUGGCUCCGUGAGAUGGAGAAUCGUAUUGAGAAGUCACCAUCAUUGUCAGAGGCAAUGAAGAUGAAACCUGGUGAACUUCAGCACAGAUUGACUGAACACUCGGAUCUCUAUCGUGAAAUCGUAUCGCAGGCUCGUGUUGUUGGUGCUUGCAUCAGAACAGCUGAGAAGGAGGCUACAGAAGAAGGUGCCAGUGGUCAGGAUAAAUCCCUGUCACCAACAUCAUCAUCAGGUCGUCGUGGAGAUGGGAAUUUGAAGGGAUUGGAGAGGCGCUAUCACUUGCUCUAUCUCAAGGCAUUUGAGGUUCAGUGCAUGCUCGAGAGUUUACUGGGCCGAAGAGGAUCACCGAGUCCGGACGUCUCGAGAUCACAGUCCGACACUGAUGAGGAGCCUGUGGCCAAACAAGCGAGAUUAAGUAGCUUAUCUUCAAUUUGUGGCUUCAAUUCCAGGCGUUGUCUCUACCAAGAUAAUGAUGAGAAUCGUUCUGAUGAUGAAUGGGGAAAUCCUCUAGCUCAAGCGGCAGGAUUUGAGGCUGAUUCCGAAGGGAGUGACUGUGAGGUGACUCAGAAGCCAACAAUAAGUUCUCUGAGUUCCAACAGUAAUUCCGGAACACCCUUUUCCUCCCUGACUCUGCCAGAAAUUCAGUCACAGUCGACAAUGCCAGAAAUUAAAGUUGAUCAGUGUGAAGGGGGUGGUAUGGAUGUUGGAGUUGAUUGUGUAGAUGCAGGAGAAAUGACUACGAGUCUUGUGACUCAGGUUAUGGUGACUCCAGGUGCACCAGAGAGUCCCAAAGGGAAGGGAUUGACACCACAGAAGAGAUCCCGAAAAGUUGAUAUAUCAAAGUUCAAUCGUUCAAAUCGCAAAUCGAAGAAUUGUGCCAUUUUCUAUUUUCGCCACCUGGAUACGGAUGGGGAACAGAAGGGAUUCUCAUCUCAGGGCAGUGAAGCGUUCAAAUCCAGUGAACCGUCAACAGAUGAAGAGUGGUAUUACACAAAUAAUGGUGGUGGAGGAGAGGAGGAAAAUAAUGAGGCUUCCAAUGGGAAUCAUGAUGAUGAUCAUGAUGAUGAGGAGCCGCCAAAUCAUACACUUGUUAGUUCAGCAGUUGACACUGUGAUUCCCAGUACAGCUGAGACAGUGGAAGCCAAACAAGAUUGUCUGACGACAUCACCAGGCACUGAAUCGACCACGAAGCGAGCAAUCAAGUGCUCUAAAGAGUCAAUCCAUCAACUUGUACUGGAUGCUGAAAAUCUCAUUCGUGAGGAGACCACGAAGAAAUCGUGCAGUGCCUUGGCCGAGGUGAUGUUGAUGUCAUCAACUUCAUCGUCACGUCGCAAGUGUGAGAAGAAAAUGAUGCACAAUCCCAAAAUAAAGCGUGUUCAGGAAUGGCUUGAACACCAGCCAAUCGAUGUGGCCAUAAAUCCACCCUCGUCAGUCCCCACCACGGACUGUGAGGCUUCUGGGGAGUACACCGAAAGUGAUCGGGAAAUAGCUGCCCGGGAUUCAGAUACGUCAGAAGGUCUGGCCGAUUCAGUGGCUACUUGCCUUCAGGGCGGUGAGGCCAAUUCAAAUUCUCAGGCCACUUCGACGGAAGUGAUUGGGGGCUCGGCUGAACCUUUGCCAACGGGGCAAAUCGAUGCCGUAUCUCCGGGAAGUGUUUCUGCAGCCGGUCGAGUGGUGAUGCGUGGUAAACGUCGUAAUUCCGAUCGACCAUGGUCGGUAUCGAGUCUGUCACAGUUGACCCAGACGAUGGGCAAGAGGACACAGAGUGUAGUAAUUAACAAUCAGCUGGCUACAUUUUCAAUCAGUGAGUCGGCACUCCACACUCUUUCGGCACCCUUAACGCCAGGUGGUCCAACAACCGGUUCCAUUGGCAAUUCCGACAGUAAGACAUCACUGCGGAAACACCGGAGACUGCGCAUGAAGAAGCGCUCAAUUGGUCGUAAGAGUGACUCGGGGUCAGAUGGAGCGCCACAGCAGAUGUGCUCCAAGUCUCUGGUGAAAUCCGAAUCAUUUUCCGGGCAGUCGAAUUUUGUCCAGGAGCAACUUUCUCUCUUGACCAUCUCACGGCGUGUGCGACAGACAAAGUCCACGAGCUCUGAGAUGGAGAGUGAGGAAGAUGGUGCUGCAGCACUGGCCAAACCCACCUUUCGACUUGGAUCAGUGACGAAUGUCUUCCCGAGUACAGCUUUGGCACCCAAUUUGGGCUCCCUGGCUGCUCUGGCCAAUUACAAUGGGGCCUGUCUGGAGAUGCUGAAGACACAUACGUCGGAGGAUUUGAGUUCAGAACAGGCCUGGGACAACUACCAGGAAAAGUAUAAUUCAGAGAAUUACUCUGAGGGUAUGGACUCGGAUGCUGCCAGGAGAUUGCUGGAAUUUGGCGAUGACUACAGGAAUUUCCUGGAUUCACAGUCAGAUUGCUGCUCAUCUUCGCUGUCGGCAGCCAAUAAUUUGGAUUCACUCUCACCACCGCGAUAUCGGAAGCAGCUCUUCAGUUCGCCAGAUUGUAAAUCACCAACUGUCCCGGAGACCAUCUCGCAUGCCAGUGAAAGUAACGCAAUCCGGAGACGUCGUGCUCUUGAGUAUGCUGAAUACGAGCGCAGAAGGAGACGCUAUUCUGAUGAUCGGAGAAAGUCUUUUGAGUCGUCUCAUUCCUCUUCGAGACUCUCCCCGAAGAAUGGCAAAGGUGGAUCUCUGGGAGGAUCAACGGAUGCUGUGAUGCGCCGAAAGCAGUCGGAGAGCGACAGUUCGGCCAAGAGACGCAGUGGAGGACGCCUGAGUGGCUCCUUCCGUCCGCUGUCGUCCACAUCGGGUUCGUCGAGUGCCGGAAGUGACUCUGAGGCUGAGGUGGAGAUGCGGAAUCUACUAACGCAGAGCCGACAGCGAUUGGAGCACACGGAAGCCCUUCGGGUGCGACGGCACCUGCUUCGUCCGGAAGACUAUGCGGAAAUAAUAGCCACAUGUCGUGACAACGUUCACUGUCUCGAGGCUGUUCUGCGGGGGCCCGGAGUGACUGUUCUGUCGACACCACGCUGCCAGGAGACACGAGAAUUACUUUCAUCAUGGGAAAGUCUGCUCAAUUGGAGUGAAACUGCUUCAGUUGCUCGUCAACUUCAGGAGGAGAUGUCUGUGCUGAAAGGCGCUCUCAAUCGUAUUGGCAAUCGUGCCAUUGUCCUGGAUUCUGAAUCUGCCAUUCAGGAUGCCAUCGAGGAGCUAAAGGAGGAAAAGACCAAAUUGCAUGGUCAUAGAUCCACAAUGCUGAAGCUCAAUGCCUCUGUACACAGCUGGUUGACACGUCAGGAGUUGGAGAUGAACAAAUACAGUUCACAGAGUCAUAUCCUUGGCUCAGUGACUCUUGUGGAUGCCACAGAUGCCAGUGUGGAUUUGGAGAGGACGGUUUCAUGCACAGAAAGUGAUAAGAUUCACUUCUUCGAUACCGAACUCCAUGCACUACUCAAAGACAAUGUGAGCGACAUGUACAGUGCCUGGGAUGAGGCAGAUCACAGGAUAAAUCUGCAGUUGGAGAGUUUAGUGAGCUCCCUGCAGGCAUGGCAGCAGCUCGAAAGUGGUUUGAUGGAAUUCCAAGAGGCUCUGGGUAAGGAUAAGGGUGCUCUCAAGGGAUUGCGUGGAGCUCUGGAAUCUGGAAGGACGACACCGGUGGAUUUGGCGCAUGAUGUGAAGGAAGUGGCUAAACUUUUGUCGGAGAAAGUCGAAAUGACUCUUCAGAACAAACUCCAGGCGGAUAGUAUCUUCCUGCAUCCAUCGACAGCCAUUCUCUAUCAUGGAAAAUCCUCGUCGAAUGGUUCACUGUCCGACAGUGGAAUUUCCGAUGGAGGCUGUGGCUCAGAUGGGGGUUUGUCUGAGCGGGAGAGACGCCUUGGAACACUCAGGCGACUGGCCAAGCAGCUAGAGAAUGCUCUUGCGCCUGGAUCAGCGGCUCUUAGGUCGAUUUUCCAGCGAAUGGAAGCAGCAGAGAGUGAACUGAAGCAACUUCAGGACACUUGUCGUGAGCUCAUUGUCCGUACAACGGCAGUGACUCACAAACCACCAUCCCAUGGAGGGAGUUCUGAGGAGUCUGAGGGUCACAAAUCAAGUGGUGUGCAGAAGAAAAAAUCCGCUCAAAGUAAGAGGAAGAACAAGAGACGUUCACCGCAGAAUAGUUUGAUUGUGGGAGGAAGUUCUUCCGCUAAGCCAGUAGUUCCGGCUUCAAUUGAAAAUGCUGCGGCUCUGGUGAAGAAUCGACGAGCUGUUCUUUUGGCUGCGGCAUCUGAUGGGGAUCCUGAUGAUCCAGACAAUGGGGCAAGUGGGUGUUUGGAUGAGGAGGAUGAUGAGGGAGAGGGAAAGAAGCAGACAUGGGCAUGGCGAGUGGCUAAGAUUGCUAUUCCUGUACAAAUAGCCCUUGUAUCGCUUUUUUGUGCUGCUUGCUUUCUUGAGCCCCAUUGCUGUGAUGCCCUGAACAAUUUUUCCAUGAGUUUCUCACCACAGCUCAAGUACAUCCGUGGUCCACCGCCAAUCUAGAGAUGACAUCGUCCAGGUAUUUACAUGAAUCAUUAUAGUUUUCCACCCCAAAAAACAUCAUGACGCGAUUGAGUUAACAAUCCUCAAGUGUUCUUAAAUGCCCUUUAUGCAGAAGCAUUUUCUUUGCCAACUUGCUUUAGGGCAUUUAGUAGGUUUAUCAGAGAGAAAUUUUAAAGAAAAAAAAUAUUCCUAUAUAUUUUAAUAAGAAAAAGAAAUAUUCUUACCAAUAUUUUUGUUCUUAGCCUUAUUCAUUUGAAAUUUUCUUCUAGAGAAAUGUGACAAGAUAGAUAAAUUAAAUGCACAGCAUUUUUUUCUGAACUAUUUUAGCAAUGCCAGAAACAUUACUUUCUGGCAUAGUUUCUUCUUAAGUACCUUAAAAGAAAAAAACAUUACAUCAAGUAGACAAUUUUUUUUCUUGCUAGAAUUUAAGCAAAAAGAAAAUCUAACCUAUUAACAAAAAAAAAAUGAGAUAAUGAUUAAAAAAUAUAUCGAAUAAUUGCAACGAAAAAGAGUUAUUAAGUGAGAGAUAAAAAUAAAGAAAAAAAAGAAAUGAUAAGAAAAUUUCCGCAAAAAAAAGAUCACGAUAAAAAUUGCUUGAUAGAGAAAUCUUUAGUUUUUUUGCCAUUAAAUUUAAGAGGUGAAGAUAUUAAAAAAAAACGAUAAAAAAAAACAAAAAGAGGGUGUUUGGUAAUUUUUAUCUUGAUUAAUAAUAAUCUUAUCAAAAUAUUUAUCAAUUCACAUGAGAAAAAAGUACUUAAGAAACACUUAGGAAGUGCCUCUUUGAGCAAUUUAAGAAUAUUUUUAAUCAAAAACUUUGAGAGACUUUUUUUUUACCCAGGAAUAAUGCCUUUUAGAAAACAAAUUUACUUAAUUUCUUUUUCUUCUUGGGUUAUCCUUGAGAGAAAAAAAAACAAGAAAACUGCCUCCUGAAAAGGAAUAACUACACAAAAAAAAACUCUUAACCAUAAUUUUAUAAGAUUUUUUUAGGUAAUUUAAUAGAAUAGUUUAUUCUUCUCCGAUAAAUUACAGUCUAGAAUUGCAUGAAGCAAAAAGAAAAAAUUAAAAAAAAACAUGAUAAGAGAAUUUUUUUGGAAGGUAUAAAAUAAUGUUAGAGAAGAAAUAUUUAGAUAUCUAUUAUAUUAAUAGAAAAUACAAUGAAUUAAUCCCACUCUUUCAGUGAAUUAACCCCUCCUAUCUUUUUUGAUUUCUUAAUUAUUUCUAUCUCUAUAAAAUAUUAUUAUUAGACUAAUAACUAAUAUUUUAUAAAUAGGAAAUUUAUUUUUCCUCAAAUUAUACACCUGUCUUUUUUUGGCGAACAAGCCAGAUGGAAGUGUCUUUUGAAUGGACUUUUCAAUGGCUAAAUUUAAAAAACACAAACUAAUAAUAAUUUUUUCUUAUUUAAAAAGAAAAUAUUCAAGAAAAAAAUGUUUCUUUUGUAUUUUUAGCCAAUCUUUUUAUUGCAAUAAAGGUGAACUUUUGAAUUCCUCAGAAAGGAAAAAUAAA